GUUUCUACACUAGAUAAUCUAAGAUGUUUGCAAGAGCUACAAGGAACUUCCUGAAAGAUGUUGAUGCUGGUGGUGAUUUAAUAUCUGUGUCCAGUCUCAAUGACUCUGAAAAGGCCCAGCUUCUUAGUGUGGUCUCAAAGAAGAAGCGAUUCUGGUGUUGGCAAAAACCAAAAUACCAUUUUGCAUCCUUAACGUGCAUGUUGAGUGAUGUGCUGACCGAAAAUAAGGCAUUGAAACCAGUGGUAGUGGAAUCUGAGUUUGUGAAAUAUCAAGGGACCUGUGGAGAUGUAAUACGAGGAAAUAUCGGAGCUGAUGUGGGUGCUCUGCACAUGAACAUGGCUGGGAUAGGAUAUGUAGAGAGCCAGUCAUCUUUUGGUACCCUCAGGAAGCAAGAGGUAGACCUGCAGCAUCUUAUGACAGAUGUACAAGAAAGGAGAAUAGACUUGGACCAUCCUUUUAUUAAACAGCUGCAUGAAAAUCGAAAUGAUGUACUGUGCGUCCUAAAAGAGAAAAUAGUCACCACCCAAAAAUGCGUGAUUACAGAACACAGUCAAACAGAAGAAACGUUUGGGAGUAAACUUGGGAUGAAGGGAAAGGUAGUGAAGGUAGCUGUUAACGACAAUGGAAACUAUAUCAAAGACGAAAACACAGUUCUGGAGAUCCCUCCUCCUACUGUAAUUGCUUUCGGUGUUGUGGAGCUGUUUGUUCAACGUGAUGGCCGCUUUGAGUUCUGUUUGUUGCUGGAAAAACAAGGAGGCUUUGAGAAGGAAAACUCUACGUCUAAGUAUGAUUACGAUGAUAUAGAUGGUCUCAGAGAAACAUACUUGGAUAGGAAACAUGUCCAAAGCAACGUGCCUUUACAUUUAAUAACCCAAGACGUACUGGAGUUUUCAAAGCACCUUUUGGCAUUGGAAGAGGUUCCUGAAGCCCAGUGUCUGGACCUGUAUAAACUGCUUUGUGAAAUAUUAUAUGAUUAUCAAACAGUUACUCUAUUACAGACUAUGGUAGAAGAGAUAUGUUCAGGAUACCAGCCCAGUCUGACAGUCUUGGAUGAGUUAAAGCCUUCCCAGAGGAAACAAGUACAGGCCAUUCUGCACCUUGCAGGAUAUGAUAUGCAAAAUGGAAACCCUAUCUACCGAGUCAAAAAAGACGUGUUAACUGCCUUGCAUAUCCUCUUUAGCUCUCUAGAUGAAUUUUCAGACUAUGCCUUGGCAACACUUGGGGAUUGCUGUAAACUUCAACUUUUACCAGUACUCUGUGCCUUGCCAAACAUCACAUCAGAUGAAGGACUUUGUUCAAGGACAGACCCAAUGCUGUCAGAUUUCAUCGACCAAGGGAAAUUUGACAUUGUACAAAGACUGUUUACCUUAUCAAACAUCAAACUGGAAAUGAAUGAGCAUAACAUAAUUGCAACAACCACCAACAACCCUGGCUUUUUACCCCUUAUCCUUUACAUUUCAAUAUCAGGGUUAUCGGCUUUACAGAAGAAGUUGAAGACAUGAAUGGCAAAGUCUCCAGUCUCUGUAAAACAGUAUAAAUAAAUAUUGUAUGUGCUAUUUCUACAAACAUCACUAUCUUCUAGGUCUUCCAGAAACCCGUCCAACUCAAAAGCAGCAGCAUACAGCUCCUAUUAACAAUCAGACAAAAAAAAAUGUCUGAUCUUGCUUUUGCUCGCUGUAAUGGAAUAAAACUGUGGCUUUGGCUAUGUUUU